AUGUCACGCGCAUGUGUCACAGAAGGCCGUCGCUCGCUGUGGACGACGUCGACUGCGAGUCAAUCCCCCUUUGUUACCACACAGCUCAUCGUUGCUGUCGGCGACGCAGAUGCAAUUAUGCGGAGUCUUCCAUUUCCAGUAGCUGCCACGUUCGACCAUGAAGUACCAAGUGAACAUGGAACACCGUUCAGCCCCGCUAGCGAUAUUCCUAUCGAUCCUGCACUCGCCGGGCCACUACCCAUCGACCCAGCUAUCAUGGGCGAUGAAGCCGUUCAGUUAAAUGUUUUGGAGCAGGGUCCACCCGUGCACAUUCCAGAGGAUUUCAUUCCGCCUCACCCUCGACACUAUUCUCAGGAGCCUUCGCAAUAUGACCAAGGUCCCCGUGGCGAUCCAUUUGCGCCCCAACCUGCACCUUAUCUACAUAUUCAAGAAGAAGUCAUUCCACCACCCACCAAGCCACCAAAGAGAAAGCGAAAACCCCGGCGAGAACCCGAGUGCGGUUUUUGUCAGGGGGAUGACAAGAAGAACAAGGAGGCUGAACCCGAGGCUAUGGUCACUUGUGAGGAAUGCGGUCGCAGUGGUCAUCCGAGCUGCUUGCAACUUGGUGCUAUCGCAGAUACCAUUCGUUCAUAUCCUUGGAAGUGCAUCGAAUGCAAAACUUGCGAAAUUUGUCAAGAAAAAGGUGAUGAUGAGAGAAUUUUGCUAUGUGACUUUUGUGAUCGAGGGUGGCAUAUGGAUUGUAUGCAGCCUCCCCUGGAAGAAAUGCCGCCCGGAACAUGGCACUGCCCAAUGUGCCCUCCAUCCUUCCUUCCUUUGGAAUCCGAAGUCGCAUCCAUAACAAAUUCUGAUCCCCAAGAUGGAGACGAGGCAACUGCCGAGCCUGAAGUGGAUGUUGAAGUUGACGAUGGUGAUGACGAUUCGUCUGAAGAUUCUUCGGACUCUGAGUCUGAAUCUGACGGUACCAAUACCGUGCAAGCACCAACACCCCGCCAGCGACCCAGCCAGCGAAUAAAGAAGCCGCCAAAGCGCAGAAUUGAACACUCAACCCCACGGCCCCUCAAACGCAUCCGCCUGCGCUCACCCGCAGCACACCCACUCGUCGUACGCCUGCGAAUACCUCCAAAGGGUAAGGGCAAAGAGCGAGAAGAGGACCCCGACAGAAAUAUCUUCGAGGACCUCCUCAGCCCUGCCCAUCGGGACAUGUCGAAGACAGAGAUCACAGACUUUGAUAGAGCACGAUUUGAUAAAAGUUGUCUGGCUGCUGAGCACCACCAGCUGACACAGCCUGAUCCUCCAAUAGCCGGCCCUUCGUCUCGUCCCCUACGGUCUCAUGCUCUCCAACACAUAACCAUACCUUCCUCAAUACCAGCUCGCUCGCCAGUGCCUUCCACACCUGGCGCAAUUCCGCACACACCUUCCACUAUCCCUGCUACCCCGUCAGGUUUCCCGGCGCCUCCCUCCACGUUACGCAUCCGGACCAUUCGCUUUGGGAAGUAUGACAUCCACCCAUGGUAUGACGCCCCCUUUCCUGAAGAGUUCUCAAAUAUCCCGGAUGGACGACUGUGGUUCUGCGAAUUUUGUCUUAAAUAUAUGAGAAGUGGCUUUGCUUUUGGUAGACAUAACAUGAAAUGCAAAACACGACAUCCACCAGGCGACGAGAUUUAUCGCGAUGGUGCCAUGUCUAUUUUUGAAGUGGACGGACGCAAGAACAAGAUAUACUGCCAGAAUCUUUGCUUGCUGUCGAAGAUGUUCCUAGAUCACAAGUCACUCUUCUACGACGUCGAGCCAUUCUUGUUCUACGUUAUUACAGAAACUGACGACAUGGGUGCGCGUUUUGUGGGGUAUUUCAGUAAAGAGAAAUGUUCUCCGAAGGACUACAACGUCAGUUGUAUCAUGGCGCUACCUGUGAGGCAGAGACAAGGAUGGGGAAAUUUCUUGAUUGACUUCAGUUACCUUCUCUCCAAGAAGGAACAGCGCGCGGGAUCACCCGAGAAGCCACUCUCAGGGCUUGGUCAACUGGGGUACAAGAAUUAUUGGACCCUCGCACUCAUGCGAUACCUUCAUACAUCACCGGAUAACCCAACCCUUGAAGCUAUCAGCAAGGGCACAUCUAUGACCAUCGAAGAUAUUUAUAAUACCCUCCACGACCAGGGAAUGAUCUCUGUGCAAUCUGCUACACCGCCUAUGAGACCUACACCAGGGCAAGCUAUCAAGUUCCCGCGAGGGCGCAAGAACGGCAUUGCACGGCGUCAUCUUCAGCGACAGAGCACGCUGAACAAGGAAGAAGAGGCCGGAAGCAAGGCCAACACACCCUUUGUCCCCCCUACGCGGUACCAGAUUAUCUGGGAUCCUGAGAAGGUGCAACACUACCUUGAAGCAUGGGAGAAGAAGGGGUACAUGAAGCUGAAACCAGAACGGUUGAAAUGGACGCCGUUUGUCCUGGCACGGGCAAAAGCUGGCGGGGAAGUUCUGCAAGUGGAGCUGGGUGCCGGCAUGGGUGCUUUGAACGGCGUUGCGGAAACACCAAUUUCAGUCACUGAACAGGUGGACAAACAGACGCCAGCCCCUGGCCCUGCCGAACCCUCCGUCAGCGUAUCUGAGGCAGCCCCUACAGAGACUCAUUAUGUCUCAGACACUCCUGCAGCCCGCCUGUUUGAUGACCUCAUAGCCAAAAACCCCGAAACUCCUGUACCAAAGAAGCAGUUGCGGAGUCGUGUUAAAGGAGGCGAAGUGCCUCGAUCUGUCUUCUCACGAACGCAGUCGAGUCGUAACACGAUCACGCGCACUGCCCUCCAACGACAUACACGUUCUGUAUCGGCUCGCCCUAUUACUGGCAUCGAUGGUGCGGUUAACGGUACUGCCCCUCAAACCGAUGAGCUGGCAGAACAAUCGAGUCCUGAUAUCCCUGCCAAACGGCGACGAGGACGGGCACGGAUCAAGCCACCGGAUGAUGCGUUGUCAGCAGUGUCUGAGUCUGGGAGGAUGACUGCUUCACCGUCACCCUCAAGACCCCUGACUCGAGUGAAACGCAGGAGGAUAGAGUCGCCUGAAUCAGAAACCCCCUCAGAACAUGUGGAAGACCAUGCUGAGCCGCCUGGUGGUCCCACUCACUCUAACGGUCACAUUAACCCCGUCAGUGAGGUCGGUCAGGAGGAUGUCCCUCAUCAUUCAUCAGGAUCAUCUGGUUCUGUCAAUAAUGGUGCUCAAUCUCUUCGAGUGGAGACGACCUCAUCUAUGUCAGAACUAGAUACACAAUCCUCACUUGCUCAGUCGCAACCACCGGAUGACGAGAUUAAGUCGGAGGAAGCGGAUACGCCUCUCACCGGCAUAACCAGUCGACACAGCGUACCAAGCGACGAUACCUUGUUCGUUGUAGAGACUGCACAUGGGAUAGGAACUAAGGACUCUGGAGGCUCUGAGAUCAUCAGAGCCGUGCACUCACCCACUUCUCAAACUACCGGGAGGGAAAGUGCUGGUCAAGACUCCGUGCCCAGCUGUUCCGCUCCAGCACUAACCGAUCUCGAUCAAUAUUCUGAUCUGGAUGCUGAGGGCGAACUGGCACAUGGUGAUUUGUUGUGUGACCGGUUGUUUGGCGACGACUUUAGAACCAAACAGCCCGCCUUUUCUCAAGCCGAGCCACAACACACGCACGAGCGGUUCACGCCGGUUCAUUGUGGUUCACAGCUUGGCCUAUGGAAACUAACAAAUGUCAACUCUAAUGCUUACACCCGCGGCAGUGACCCAAGCAUGGCCUUCGGGCAUCUUCAACGAGACCCAAACCUGCAGACUAAUGUCAGCAAUGUCUCGAGUUUGAAUCAAGCGCUAGGAUCGCAUCUUAACCCUACUAUCAGUGGGCGUCCCCAAUUCCAUGAUGGCGGAGCAUACAGGCUUUCCGAUUCACCGCCGACAAUUCUGGAUUCAAAUGGUGCUCCACGAUCUGCCCAGCCGAUACCUGGUUCUUCUCAUACUUCACCCAUUCACGAGUUCUCGGUACUCCCAACCAACGAAACUCAAACUACCAGUGUGCCCAAGCGCAAGCAGACCGAUGGUCUGGCUCCCAGUGGUAGUUCGCAGUCGGGCAAAAGACGGAGAGAAGGGGACGACAUGGGUGACCCCUUUGACACCGAUGCUGCGCACGGUUCUAAACACUGGACUGACGACGAGAAGACGAAAUUGUUCAAUUGGCUCAUGGGUUCGGGGGAAGAUAAUCAUUGGAAUGCGCUUCGGGCUACAAAGAACUCGUGUCUUCGCGAGUGCGCCAUUGAGGUGUUCGGUGGCAAGAAGACUUAUCAGGCGCUGAAAGGCUGCUAUGAACGAAAUUUCAAUUUAUUCAAACAGAUCUAUGCAUUCGAAAGUUUCCACGUGCAAUUGGGGAAUAGUCCCGUCAGCUUUACGACUGAAACAGACAGGUUGCGGGAAUACGAACGGCGAUUACAGAUUGCUCGCAAAGGCGGUUGCGACGUCGGCAAUGUGGGUGCCAAGACGAUUGACCAUUGGCAUAGGUCAGGCUGGUAUACUUUGUUCCACAGAAGAUGGAACGGCGAUCCUGCCACCACACGGCCCGCAAACCGCCAAAACAACGUCCCAGGGGCAACCAAUUCCCAUGGCGGCGAAGAUGACGAUGACGAUUCAUUAGAAGUAACAGAACCAAUUCCAAUUCUUCAACCUCAGAUUCAACCUCAGAGCGCACCAUCUCAUCCUCGUCCUCAAGUUCAACAAGUUCAUUCACAAGCGCGUCCUCCUGCCUUUGUUUUCACAUCACAACCAUCCAUUGCAAACAAGAUUAAUACCAACGAGCUUCCGAUACAGGAAGCAGGACCAUCAAAUACCCCACUGAGUCGAGCCGUCUUCCCCACCGUACCGUCGCCAAGCAGUGAUGCGUCCGUUGUCAACUUUGCUUUACCACAAAACAUGAUGGCUGCAUGCUUGCAGCUUUUGCAAGCGCAGGUUCAGCACAGCAAACUCAAGCUAGAAUAUCUUAGGAGACGGGAGGAAAGGGAAGAAAGAGACAGUAAUGCUCGCAAAGAUGCCGAGCGUGCUCGACUGGAAAGAGAAGCUGCCGAAUGGGAGCACACAAAGGAGACAGCUAAUGUCAAGCACAGAGCCCAACUCGCAACAGAUGUAUUGGCGAAUCCGGUGGUAGACGGCUCUACUGAUUCGGACUCUGAAGAGCGUAUGGACAACAAGUACUAUAUAGUACUGGAUCGUGAAAGGGUUCGCCACUGUAUCACAGACAAAUUGAUGCUCAACCAUGCCCGAUCACAAGAGUUAGGCAGCAUCCGGGUGCCGUUGAUUGAUUUGAUGGUGUCCUUCGGAUUCUCUGUCGUGGGCCUCAGCAGGCCGUACUAUCGCAUUAUUACCCACGAGUCGCAGUCAGUUUGUUCUCAGGUCUCAGAAGUUAGAUGGGUCAUCAUGCCCAUGAUGUGGGAUAGCUUAAUAUGCGAGGCUGCAUUUGCCGUGUCCCGCGGGAAUCUCUAUCCAGGAGGAGAUCCCGAUCAAAAAGUUUCAACAUUGAUCCUCCACUAUCAGCCACUACCCUUGAGUGCUACUAUGUGCUUCCCACCGGGGCCUGUCUCCAUACCAAUACUAACAAACACUCUCUGCUUGGUCACAUUUAUUGCUUACAUAGCUUGGCGUAACGCACGGCGGUACACUUUGAAAGACAUCUGCGGGCCUCCUUCGCACUCAUUCUGGCUAGGUAGCGAGAAAGUACAUCGAAGCGCUAAACAAGUAGGGGACCUGGAAUUUCGAUGGGCUCGCGAAUAUGGUCCCACUUGGAUGGCUAAAGGAUGUUUAGGGGUUUUCAAAGAGAACCGAUGCCAUCGAAAUAACGCGCCUCUUCACAGGGGAGAGUAUUUUGACCACAGACUCUCAUAUCUUUUAGCCGUUGAUCAUCAAAGGCACAGAAAGAUUAUGAAUCCUGCUUUUGGUGCUGCUCAACUUCGAACAUUUUUGCCUGUUUUCCGCCGUUCGGCAGCUCGGCUCUCACAGAAGUGGAAAGACAUGAUUCAAUUAGGAGAGAAGUCUGAUGGAUGUACAAUGAACGUCAGUGAGACCUUGUCUAGAAUGACCUUAGAUGUCAUCGGCGAAGUCGCUUUCGACUACCGCUUCGGAGUCCUCAACGACAACGGAGUAGAUAACGAGUUGGUGCAGGCGUUCAACAAUCUGUUCAUCGAUACAAUGUUGUACCAAUCUUCAUGGGAUAUCAUCUUUAAGUCAACCUGGAGAUUCCUUCCUCAAGCGGUUCUGAGGUACUUGAAGUAUUUGCCUUACAGAGAGUACCGCCGUUUCGCGACAUACCUGCAAACAGCCAUUCGAACAGGAAGGACCAUCAUCAACGAAAAGGCGGCUGGUACUGAAAAGGGUGGCAAGGACAUCAUCAGCAUCCUCGCACCAUGCUGGUCGCGGGUCAUGAUACUACUGCCUCAUCUCUCACGUGGCUGCUUGUAUGAGCUCUCAAAGCACCCAGAAGACCAGCAGCGCAUCCGUGACGAGAUUAAAGCAGCAAGAGCGAAUGCGGAAGCUCGUGGCGAUAAUGAUUUGCUGCCCAGUGAUUUUAAUAAUAUGGAUUUCACCAAUGCAGUAAUUAAAGUUUGUCCACCACUUGUUUCCGACAUUCUAUUUUCAUCUCCAUUCAUCUCCCAGGAGGGACUCAGAUUGCAUCCUAUAGUUCCUACAUUGAUCCGGGAGGCAGAUUCGGAUGAUGUUAUACCGCUUUCUCACCCGAUUAAGACCAGGUCGGGAAGGAUCAUUAAUCAAAUACCCAUCUCGAAAGGCCAAGGCAUCACAGCAUCUAUUUGCACUUAUAACAGGCUCCAAAGUGUUUGGGGAGAAGAUGCGGACAAGUGGAACCCAAGCCGUUUCCUCGACGACGGUACUAGGGAAAAGUCAUCGUUGGGAGUUUUCGCCAAUCUUUCUUGCUCCCCUGAAAACCAAUCUCACGUGUUUCAAACCAAAGCGGCUGGUCUCCGUGCCUGCAUCGGCUGGCGUUUUGCAGUUCUUGAGAUGCAAGCCGUGCUCGUGGAGCUUGUCGAGAAUUUCGAAUACCGAUUCCCCGAAGGUGUCGAGAUCAUUCGGUUGAAUGCUGGACUCAUGGCCCCUAUGGUUGAGGGCAAGAUGCAUGAAGGUGUCCAGAUGCCCUUGGAAGUCAGUGUCAUUGCCUUCCUACCCAACGGCGGACAUAGAAUGGUAGAAGGCAUUUCGUCAAAAUUAGUGGUGGAGUCCAAAGUGAAAACCAAGGCGAAAACACGGUAUCUAAAGCAGAAAAAGUCGCGACGCCAAAUUAGAAAAUCUGCGGCUCCAAAACAGACUAACAGUGCGGCACAGCGUCGCGGAGAGACUGAUGAGGAAGACAGCAAUGAUACUGAAAGCGAAGACCAUGCACCUCGAGAACGACCUUCAAAUGGUAGCCGCUCGAAGGAGCUGAAGGAGACACAGGAGGGUGGCAAAGACGAGAGACCAAAAAAGAAGCGGCGGAAGUCAUCAUUGUCAUACACUGAGGAAGGGGGAGAUCACAUGUCAGAAAUUGAAGGGGUGGAAGUGGCUAAUGAAGUAGAUUCUCGCGGUCCUCUCCCCGCCGCCGCGCCGCGAACUUCCUCCAAGUUCCCCGAAUCACACAUGUCUCUUCCAGUAUUCUCCCUUCCGACUUUACCUGACGCGCCGCCUAAAUCUAUACUCGCAUUACAAGGUCUUGAUCAAGCUUUAGUUGAAGCUGAAGUUGUCAAUCCCUCCUCUCGACUACCCAUAAUACCCAAAGGAGACGAUGCUCGCACUGGUCUAUCAGAAAGGACAAGAAGGCGCCUCAUAGAACUAGGGAUUACUGAACUAUUUGCUGGUUCUUCCACCACGCGGAGGCCACUGUACACACCGUUUGACCUGUUACAGGAUGUGUGUGUUUCCGCGCCAACUGGAAGUGGGAAAACGCUCGCAUAUGUGCUCCCAAUCGUUGAGGUUAUGCAAGUUCGAGAAAUAGUAGAGGCGAUCGCAAAAGGACGAGGUUUGAAGAUUGGUACAGCCACCGGACAGCACUCGUUCGCUCAUGAGCAGUCCCAACUAGUUGCGGACAUGUCAGCCAAACUUUCUGGUGGAUCAAGUAAAGUUGACAUUUUGAUCUGUACCCCAGGGCGCCUUAUUGAUCAUCUCAACGGAACACCCAACUUUUCUCUACAACACCUCCGGUUUCUGGUAAUAGAUGAAGCCGAUCGAUUGCUUGCUCAGUCAUUCCAAGACUGGCUGGCUCAAGUUCUUGCCGCCACGCAACCAUCACCCAGAAUGGUCCCUGAGACAACUGAAACCAAAACCCCAGCCCCCCUUUGUGAUUCUCUUGCCCCUGCUUUUCUUCGCCUUCACGGGGAAGUAGACCUACACACUGAUAUAGAUGAAAAAAAAGACGUCUCAUGUCAAAAACUACUGUUUUCCGCGACACUCACCAGUGACCCGGGAAAGCUUGCGGCUCUGGAUCUCCGAAAUCCAAAGUACUUUGUUGUGCAAGGUCUAUCUGAAGAAUCAGAAAUUGAUGGUAUUCCCAAUAUUAUUGCUGAACGGUUCACCAUGCCUGAAGCACUAAAGGAACACAUGAUAAUCUGUGAGGCCCCUCAGAAACCAUUAAUGCUCUUCCAUCUUGCGCACAACCAUUCCGUCCGCAAUGCACUUGUUUUCACAAAGUCGUCCGAAUCGGCCUCUCGUCUUGUCCGUUUGUUCGAAUUCUUCGAGGACUGCUACCUCCUCCAGCGAAAAUCCGAUUAUCGUUCGGUCGUAUUCGAGUGA